AUGGCUAGUGUUGAUAGUAAUGUUACAAAAUGUGCAACAGUCAGUGUAAUGUGGUAUUAUCCACGAGAUAAUUUAACAUUAACAAUUGAAACAUGUUUCACUAAAAAACAACGACCAUAUGGGAUUGAAAUCGAUAACGAUGAAUUACUCAAAGGUAUACCACAUGUCUAUCGAAUUCUUGGUGGUCAAGAAACAGAAAUCACAACAACUGCCAAGAGCAUUAUUCAAAAAUCGGAUAAUAAUUUUCAAGUCGUUCUCAAACUACAAGGCCCUCCACCCAAGCAGACAGGGUUUUCGAAAAACGCGUCUCCACGAUCAAAAAGUGUUCUUUACACGCUGAAAACGGCGUUUUUACCGUGUAAAGAACACUUUUUGAUCGUGGAAACGCGUUUUUCGAAAACCUUGUCUGCUUGGGAUAGUCAAGUGUAUAAGUAUGAUGAAUAA